AUGCGAAAGCGGCAAAGAGAUGCAUUCGAAACGCCGACGAAUCCGUCCAUCGACUUCGAUAUCGGUCCAGGAGGGAAAGGGCGAGUGAAGAGCUUCUAUCGAGCGCACGAGAUGGCGGUCUGGAAUCGGCUCAUUCCUACGAUCGUGAGGAGUGGAUCUAACGGAAGCGAAGGAUUCCAUCAUCACGCGGUCUUCCCCACACCUCGAUCCGGACCAUCCGGCAUCCCCGUUGAAGCCAGUCCCCAGGUGGAAGCUGCCCUCCCGGUGUCCACCCCCCUGCCCAGGGUCCCAUCUCCGGUGUCCCGUCCCACGAACGCGACCGCUCUGGAGGAGAGUUCCUCACCCGUCGAGGAGACGGAAAGAGCUGCCCUCCUCUCCCUCACGGUCGGGGUGGGAUCCCUCUUGUUGAUCCUCAACGCUUCCUUCUUCGCUGCCGUCUACUAUCGGCGACUGAAGCAUCGGCAUCGAUAUCGUGUCGACAGGGAUCUCGCCUCUUCCGAUCCUUCGGCUGCAGGGCCGAACGAACUGAGAACGUUCGAGAUCGUCUACUAAACGCACUACCUCGAGUCGUCAGAUUUCCAUCCCCAUAUCACACGACAC